UUCCUUGAGUAGUUAUGAGCAUUAUUUACUAAUAUUUUCUUGUUCAUAAGAAUGGAUUAUUUUUUGCUGAUUCAAAGUAAAUUUUUUUUAAUGGACAUGAAAUUCGUCGUGAUUAUGAACUCAGGAAUUGAACUUUAGACCUGUAUGUCGAUAGAAGAAACUCCAUGGCGUCGUUAUAGAGGACGCUACUGUAUCAAGAUGGCGGUGACAAAGCGGCGGUUACAUUUUGGACUGUUGUUGUUGACAAACAUGUUAUAAUGCGGAGAUGAUAGAAAAUGAAAAAAAAACUAUCGGAAAAUACAUAUGGAGAGAAUGGCGAGUAAAGCUCAAAAAGCUACAAACGCAACAUGGGGGCUGUUCAAGAGAGCUGGCAGAGACCUAAAAGGUGAAAGGAUAUAUCUGAUGGAAACAAUUGUCAGAGCCAUGGCGGUGUAUGGGGUAGAGAUAUGGGGACUUGGUAAGAUUGAGAGACUUCAAAAGGUGCAAAGCAGAUAUUGCAAGGCGAUUCUCGGCGUUGCUAGGAAUACGCCCAAGUAUAUUUGGAGAAAUGAGAUAGGAGUUAAAGAGAUAGAAUUCAUACUCAAAGAACGUGCCUGUAGAUAUUUAUGGGAAGUAUUAGAAAUGGACGAUGACCGCUGGCCGAAGAUAUGUUUACUCGAAGAGGUAAGAGGUAUAUUAAACAACAAAGAAUCAGCAUGGGGAAAAGCAUUUGCGGAGUUUUGCUAUGAAAUAGAGGAUACUGAGAUAAUUCAAGACAUAAGAAAUGGAGUUGCUGCGGGUGCGAUAGCAGCGCGAUUUGCCUGCGGUCUUGACAAACUGGAAAGAAGGUACAAAAAUAAAGAGUGGGAUCUAAUCCUGAGGUCCACAUAUAACCCCAUAUAUGCAAUUUUGAAGCCUGGUGACAAUGGUGCAGUGUAUUGGAACCAAAGAAUAAAAAACUCUAGGUAUAAAGAAAUCUGGGCCAGGAUCAGGUGUGGUAAUGUGGGAAGAGGUGGUAAAAAAGGCUGGAGGGACUGGUCAUGUAGGCUGUGUGGUUGGUGCAGUGAGACAUUAUGCCAUUUGUUGUGCUGUAGUGAAGCCAUUAGGCCACAAUCAGAAAAAAUAAAAAAAUUUUUAAUUAAAUGGAAGGGAGAUCAAGGCGAAUUGGAGAUUCAAAGUCUUAUUGUAGAAUUGCUCAAGGGAAACAUCUGUUUUGAGCUGUGCGAGUUUGUGGAAAAAGUAGAGUGUGAGUUGUAUGGAAGGCGGUGACUUAGGUUUGGAGGGAAGGGGAGCAUGUAGAGAAAUAAGAGUGAUUUUAGAUUAUGGAUGUAAAACUGCAACCCCCUUGCGUGCAGCAUAAUGUACAGUGCAAAAAAAAAAAAAAAGAAAAAUUAUUUUUAUAAUUUAAACUUAAGUUCAUUUAGAUAUAAGUUGGUCUGUAUUGAGUGUAUAUAGUCGAAAUGUAAAAACCCAGUUGGGUAUACAAGAGUAAAAUAUAAUAAUAAUAA